GUUAACCUAACUUAUAAUCUUUGCUUUCGAAUUCUAACCUCACAUUUACUGUUUACUUUUACUUCAAUAUAUUUUUAAGGAUGUCUAAAAAAUGCUACUUACAAUGCCUCUUGAACGAAACAAAGAAAAUAAUAAUGCCAGAAAAUGAAACCGUAAUACUAGGGAGAAAUCCAGUCACAGCUGUAGAAGAUUUACAUUUAUCCAGGAAACAUCUUGAAUGUAAGGCUGAAUUUAACCCCAACAAACUCAUGGUAAAGACCAUUGGAAAGUGCUAUUCUGGCUGUAACGGCUACGCAUUAAUGCUAAACGAAACUUACACCUUAAGACAUGGCGAUGUUUUAGAACUGAGAUUAGGAUACCAUAAAUUCAAAGUGGUAUUCGAAACACCCGAUAUGAAAAAUGAUGAACCGUCCAAUAAAAAGCCUAAAUUUCCCAUAUUCAAUAUGCAAAAACAUAAAACGGUUUCGAGCUCGAGUCUGUCUAACAUCAGUGGUAAAUGGGAGUGUAUAGACGAUACUGAAUUGUUAGUUUUCACACCUGAAGAUUGUCCUCCACAACCCAAAGUAGCUUCAUUUGAUAUAGACGGAACAAUCAUAAAAACCAAGUCGGGCCUCAGGUUUCCUAAAGAUAAGGACGAUUGGGAGAUGAACAUGAACGUAGUGCCAAAAACUCUUAAAGAACUGUAUGAGAAACAGUAUAAAAUUGCAUUUUUCACCAACCAGUCCGGUGUAGGGAAAGACAGUGAUAAAAUAAGAGAUUUCAAGUACAAAAUCGAGAAAAUAAUCUGUGCCCUAUCGAUACCAGUGCAAGUUUUCGUGGCCCUAGGAAAAGGUAUAUACCGUAAACCUUCAAUCGGAAUGUGGAAUAUACUAUCGGACUUAAAGAACGGAAACGUUGGAAUAGACAUGGAAAAAUCUUUUUACGUCGGCGACGCGGCAGGAAGGGAGAAAGAUUGGGCUCCGAAAAGGAAGAAAGAUCACUCCAGCGCCGACAGACUCUUCGCCCUGAAUUUAGGCCUGAAAUUUUACACCCCCGAGGAAUAUUUCUUGAAAUCCUCCCCGAACCCAUUCAAAAUGCCACUUUUCGACCCGCGCAACCUGAAAAUCGUCGAAUACCCCGAUUAUAGCAAAAAAAGUCACGACAUCAUCCUCAUGGUGGGUAGUCAAGGAUCCGGCAAGAGUCAUUUUUGCAAAACCGAACUGAUGCCGAAAAACUACGUUCACAUCAACCGUGACACGCUCAAAUCUUGGGAAAAAUGCGUUCUUAUGCUCGAACAAUGCAUUAGCAAGGGAAAAAACGCGGUCGUGGAUAACACCCAUCCGGAUAAAGCGAGUAGGAAGAAGUACAUCGAUAUAGCCAAGAAACACAACGUACAGUGCAGAUGUUUCGUCAUGUCGACAACCUUCGAACACUGCAGGCAUAACAAUAAGUUUCGAGGACUAACGGAUAGAUCCCACGAGGUAAUCGGAGAUAUGCUGUUGUAUUCUUACAGGAAAAAGUUCGAGGCUCCUGAUUUAUCAGAGGGAUUCUCCGAGAUCCUCAAUAUACCUUUUAAACCGCACUUUGAAUCAGAAAAUAGUGAAAGAUUAUAUAGGAUGUUCCUAUUGGAAUCGUGAUAUUUGUAUAUGUGUUGAGUGAAAUCGAGAUCUGAUUGAUUUGGUGAUAAUUGUGGAGUUAUUUUAUACAGAAAUGAUGUAUCUUAUUUAUUUUAAACUACCUAAUAUUCUUGGAAAUACAUGAAGAAUCUCAAAAACCUUUUAAAA